AAAAAUGAGUACUAUUAUGAUGACAUCGAAUACUAAGCCCCUUCACUUUAAAUGUACGUAAUGUCAUGUUGGUUAAUGCAAUAUUGGAACUUUAUUCAUUAUACUUUAUAGUUAUAUUUAUAUUAUACUUUAUAUUUAUUUAUGUAUUCAUUUAUUAUUUAAACUUUAUCAACAAAUGCAAUUUAUUAUAAUUUUCAAGGAAUUUAAAUUUACUUUUUUCCUAUCUAGAUGGGAUGAAGAAAUGGAUAAUGACCUAAUAAAAGAAAUGCUGAACUCAAACAUAUUUAGUUACAAAUAUAAUUCAAAGAGCCGGGGUGCGCAGUGGAAAUUGCUUGCAGAGAAGCUCAAUGAGUGCUGGGGGGAUAGUUUUCAGACAAAUGAAAGAGCCUUGAGAGAUAAGUACAAUGGAUUGAAAAAAGGGUUUAAAAAUAAAAUUAGAUACGAAGAAGCAGCAUCGGGCAUUACACCACCAGAUUUAACGGAGCUCGAGAGGGGACUUGAGGAGUUAAUUGAAAAGGAAGAACAAGAUAAAAAUGAGGACAAGUUCAAGUCAGAAAAGGAGGAAGCUUUGAGUGCACAGGAUAGAUGCAUGAAGGGAAUGACACCCAAAAGAAAAGGGAGUGAAGAGGAAGUGUGUUCAAACAGAGUUUCUAGAAAUGAUACUAUCACAUACCUUAGGGAAAAAAUGGAAAGAAAAGACAAAUGGAGAAGAGAAGAAGCUGACAGAAAGGACAAACAAUUCAUGGCAGAGCUUGAGGUGAGAAAGUUGGAAUCAGAAGAGAGAAGAAUGCAAGCUGAAGCCCAAAACACUAUGUUUAAAGAACUAUUUAAUAUGCUUGCCCGAAAAUAAGCCACUGUAUUUGUGAGUCUUCUUUUUUCUGCCUCUAACUUUCUCACUUCAAGUUCUACUGUACUUACUGUAAACUUAUUAUUAGUAAAUUCAUGCACUUUCUCACCUAAAAAGAUAGACAUGUUCUAUAAAAGUAUAUAUCUCCCUCAAAUUGUAACCAUCUUUAUUACUAAUAGCCUACAAAAUGUUAUGUGUACACAAACAAUUAAAUUAAUAUGACCAAAGCAAUUAAAAAAUAAUAUGUUUAAAAUAAUAAAAACUAAAAAUUUAAUUAAUAAGCAAUUCGACGGUCGUUAAACCAUGCCUACAUGUGCAGUGGUAAAAUCCUACUUUACACAAAUGUAGUUGCUGAACUGACCAAUUGGUCUUGUUUGUUUUGGUCACGUGGAUACCUAUUGCAAAUUAACGCACUUUGAGUUACGUUAAUAAAGAAUA